GGAGGGAAAGCUUCAGCUAUAUAUGUCCCAAGAAAAGGGAAGAAGCUUGAUGCUUGGUAUAAGGUGAAUGAGCUCUAGGAAACAACAUGAGAAGGGCCAAACCACCUGCAAAUCCGGGGGAGGGGCAAAGCGUGGGGGAAACCUUCUACCCAGCUUUCGCCAUCCAGACUCCUGGUUGGAUGCACAAAUGCGGGGAAGACAGUUAACAUUCGAACCAGAAGCUGCUCGGCUGAUUCUCACCCCCACGCCGCUAGCCACCUCCCGUGCUAUUCUUCUUCAUCCAUCGUGCGACAGAAGCUCUCCUGUCGGACAUCGUCCGGGGAAGUGGAGUCGAUCGACUCGUUGGUGUCUCUCGGGCCUCCCCUGACGCUUCGUAUCUUUGUUCCUAUAACUCGGGUGGGGAUGGGUCUGGGGAAAGUUUGUUUGAAAUCCCCGCCUUCAGCAGCGAAUCGACGUAUACUUGGCAGUUCCCAAUGUUGUUGGGAUCCACUGUCCAUGGCUCCAUCAUCGGGGGGAAGUAGUCUGUUUCGCAACUUGCAUCCUCGCUGUACACAAGUCCGCUCGUGGAGACAUGCAUUUCUGGUCAUUCGGGCAAAAACUGUUGAGCUCCCGUGUUUGUUCACCUCAGGGAAGGCGAGGAUUGGCUCGCAGAAUAUCCGUGCAGCUCCACGUUCUGGGGUAAUGUCGGUGAUCUUCCGGCCAGCAGGUCAGCUCGAAUUUCUUGAUGUCGUCACACCCUGCAAGUUACAUCCGUCCCGUCUUCCCGUCGGCAUUUCUUCCUACAUAGUAGUAGUCAGUGACAUGCCGAUUCCACGCAGCUGACUCGAAAAUUUCAUCGCACGGAGAAGCCGAGGAGAGUUCAACUUCUGCUAACUGGCUUGGCCUUGAGGGGUAGUUGCAGCAAGCUGAACUUUUGCCUUCGCAGUACACUUGUACUAUGAAGUUCCUCGUUGCCUCCUCUUUCCCUCUUGUUUUGGGGGGCGCUAUAAGUAGUUCACGAAAUAUAUAUCCGACUACAAAUGGUAGUAGUUCUCAACAUCAUUUAUGUUUCAUGAAGAUGGGACCGUUUUUACUUACAAUUGUAACUGAAUUUCAAUUCUGAAUCCCCCAUACUACAAUAUCCAUCUAAUAAGUGAGAUAAUCA